UCCUGAGGGGCGCGGGUCUCCUCGGUGGCGGCAGCCGCGGCGGAGAGGAGGGCGGUGGCGAUGCUGUGGCAGCGGCUGGUGGCCACCGAGUGGGCAACGCUGGCCUGGGAGCUGCUGGGCGCUUCGGUGCUGCUGCUCGCGGUUCGCUGGCUGGUGUGGCGGCUGGAGAGGCGGCCGCGGGGCCUGGGCCAGGACGCGUCUCCCGCCCCGCCACCGCACGCGAUGGUGGACCCGGCACCCGACCCAGGUGAAAUGACAAUGGAUGCCAUCCUCGCUCGACUGAAACUCCUGAAUCCGGAUGACCUCAGAGAGGAAAUUGUCAAGGCCGGAUUGAAAUGUGGACCCAUUACCUCAACUACAAGGUUCGUUUUUGAGAAGAAGUUGGCUCAGGCUCUGUUAGAGUGUGGAAGAACCCCGCCUUCGCACCUUCCCACCCAGACCCCCGUGGGUGCCACAGCUCUCUGCCAGAGCACGCAGAGGCCUUCAAAGUUUGCCGUGGGGAGCCCUCGCGAGCAGGUCAGCUUUCCUGAAGACAGAGAUCUUUGUUACGGUGUGGGCCUGAGUCCUCCGGAGGAAGAUGACCUGGAGUCUCGGACCUGCGCAAUGCCCUGCAGUGCUGUGGCCGGGGUCGGCGGCCCCCAAACUGUGGCGAGGGCCUCUGCUGGGCCGCCUCUGUACUAUGGGGUGUGUCCAGCCUACGAGGAUGCCCCAGCGAGAAAUGAAAGGGUUCACGUUUACGAAGACAAGAAGGAAGCGCUGCAAGCUGCCAAAAUGAUCAGAGGAUCCCGAUUUAAGGCUUUUUCAAGCAGAGAAGAUGCCGAGAGAUUCGCUCGAGGGAUUUGUGAUUAUCUCCCUUCUCCAAGCAAAGCUUCUCUACCGUCUUCUGUGAAAGUAGCGUCACUCUCUAGCAGUGGUGGGUCAAAGGAUGGCUUGUGCUCAUCCGAGUCAGAAACCGUGAACAAAGAACGAGCAAACAGUUAUAAGAAUCCCCGUACACAGGACCUCACUUCCAAACUGCGAAAAGCUGUGGAGCAGGGAGACGAAGACACCUUUUCCAGCCUUGUCUGGAGUAACCCCCGGUAUCUGAUUGGUUCUGGGGACAACCCAACCAUUGUACAGGAGGGAUGUAGGUACAACGUCAUGCAUGUUGCUGCCAGAGAGAAUCAGGCUUCCAUCUGCCAGCUGACUCUUGAGACGCUGGAGAACCCUGAGUUUAUGCAGCUCAUGUACCCUGAUGACUCCCCGGACAUGCUGCAGAAACGCAUUUGUUACAUCCUCGACCUGUACCUGAAUACGCCCGACAAGGGGGGCUACGACACACCGUUGCACUUUGCUUGUAAGUUUGGGAAUGCAGGUGUGGUCAACGUGCUUUCUUCACACCCUUUGAUUGCCAGACGUCCACGGAAUAAAUGUGGUAAAACACCUGAAGACGUUAUUUGUGAAAGAAGCAAAAAUAAAUCCAUGGAACUGAAGGAGCGGAUCAGAGAAUAUUUAAAGGGUCACUACUACGUGCCGCUCCUGAGAGCAGAGGACAUGUCGUCCCCAGUGAUCGGGGAGCUGUGGUCUUCAGACCAGACGGCCAAGGCCUUUCACAUCAGCCACGGUGGAAGCAGCCCUAGGGACCCCGUUAUGACCCUGAGAGCCUUCGCAGGGCCCCUGAGUCCAGCCAAGGCAGAAGGUUUUCGCAGACUCUGGAAAACCCCGCCUCGAGAGAAGGCGGGCUUCUUUCACGAUGUCAAGAAGUCGGACCCAGAAAGAGGCAUGGAGAGAGCGGGCAGGGACCUGGCCCACGACCUGGGGUACCCCUGGGUCGAGUACUGGGACUUCCUGGGCUGCUUUGUCGACCUGUCUUCCCAGGAAGGCCUGCAGAAACUGGAGGAAUAUCUCACGCGGCAGGAAAUGGGCAGAGGGUCCCAGCGAGACACAGGAGAAAAUGAAGCCCGUGUUCGGGAGAACCCCUCUGCCUUGGGCCGCCGUGGGAAGUGCAGCGACUCCACCUCUGGGGAGGCCUUUCUGAGUGAAGACAAUGUCAUGAGCUUGGAAGAGGUUAAAAAUCGACAGAACACAGCUCGAAACAACAGCCAGCCCACAGUGGAGGCUUUGGGAGACUUGGGGUGCAACAUCCUUCCUUUGGAGCAGAGGACCUGUCCCCCCAACAGGAAUGGGUGCUGCAGCCCCCUGAGUGGCAGCAAGAUCCCGGGUGGGAAGAGGACAAAGGCCACGAGCGGGGAGGAGGCCCUCCCGUCGCCUGUCCGCAGCUUGGCGGUGGAGUUCAAUAAGCUCCACUUGCAGAAUCUAGGGAGUGGCCCUUCUGAGACACCAAAUGAAAGUGUGAACACGAGAGAUGAGAAGAUCCUGACAUCAGGAGCGGAUGCAAUGGACAGGGACGCGUCAGAGCCUCCUGCUGCCAGCAGACUCGGAAACAGCCAGGCGAGGACAGACAGCGAGAUGUCGACAGGGAUCGCCAACCUGUGCCUGGGUCCCCACAGUCCUGGACACAAGGCCCAGCACAGCUGCACUUCUGCGCCCUCGGAGCCCGCAGAGGCCCCCACCAUGGAGGAGCCUGUCUGGAGGCUCUUCCUUUUUGGCGAGGAGCCAUCUAAGCUGGACCGGGACGUGCUGGCAGCUCUGGAGUGUGCACACGUGGACCCUCAGCAGCACCCUGCCGUGCACAGGUGGAGGAGCGCCGUCCUGCACUACCCGCCCUCUGCCAGACAGAGCUGGCCAAGCCCUGCGGUAAAAGGGAAGCCGACGUCUCAGCAGCCAGACCUCAGUCGCCCUCCCAGCUGCAGCCCAGGGAGAAGUGGUCCCUCAGGAGGCAGCCCCAGGAGGCCGGGACUGGCCCCCCACUCGCCCUGCCUGGGCAGCCCUGGGCGCUACAGCCCUGCCAACGAGGGCCACUUGCGCAGGAUGGUGCCCUUGGCCUAGCUCGCAUCCUUGUAGGGCUGGGGCUCACUGCGCGGCUCUUGCUUUAUUUUUAAAGAAAGAAGGAUAACGUGUAUGUUGCUAAAAUUCACCAAAAAAAGGAUAUAUUCUGAUUAAUUUAUUAAUCAUUUUGAGAGUAAAAGUAUUUUAGAAAAUGUGUAUGUUCUGUAUAAAAUUUAUGUAUCUGGUACUUUGGGAGAAGUUGGUGAAAGCAGACUCAGGUACCAGAUUUUGGAAUCUGUCAGUGUGGCAGUGACCCAGACGUGGUUACUGUCCUGGUUGCAUGUGUGACUGCCUGGGAGCCAAGGCCACCUGUGCUCCCACAGACCACCACCCGUGCCUGGAGGUGGGGUCGGCCGCGCCAGGAGCUGCCCCCUGCUGGAGCCACCUUACUGCAGCUCAGUUCUGGACACUGAGGUGAAUUGUGUCCACCUUCCUUUUCUGGGGUGGGGGAGUUACUUUGGGGUUCCCCUUGAUUGGACAGAGGUACAGCUGCUUUCUCAGACCCAGCCAGGGGCCCUGGGAGGCCUGCGUGCGCCACCAGGCCUGGGCAGCGGCCCCGAGCAGUGUGCUGUGCCCCGGCUCGGAGCCCGCCUGCCUCUGUUGCCAGGCAGGGCACACAGUUGUUUCCUGGCUUUGAAGUGAUCUCAUGUUUCAGAAUUUACUCAGAAUAUUUUGGAACUUGCUCCAGUUGGAUUUCUGUUAUAAAAGCAUCACAUUUUAGUACAGAAACUAGAGGUUGACUUCUGAGGGGGUUGAGACUGGCUCAGUGAUUUGAGUGUGGUUUACUUCAGCCCCGCCCCCGGGGUCUCAGUGCAGACUGUGGGAGUCACGCUCCCAGUGCCACACCAGACGCCCAGGGACAGACUCCACAGAGUGACAGGCAGCUGCUCGCAGAGCCGCACUCUGGACGUCCAGGGUGGGAGCCAACUGAAAACUACCAGCACUUUUGCUAACUUCAGUGCCUUUUGUAAAUGAUUUUUAUUUUCCUGGACUUGAUUUUUGAGAAUGUACAGUGAUGCUGAGUAGGCAUGAAGAUUCUUUUUCAUUCAUAAAGACGGCUGUCUUUCAAAUAAAGGUGCAGAUUUAAAAUUUCUAUGAUUACACCAGGUGUUUUCACAUGUAGUAUCGCUGACAAUCUGCGUGAGACAGAAAAUAAUGUUCUGCUGUAAACUCCAGCAGCAUUUUAAAUGGCAUCUUUGUUCUCAGAAGAAAUCAGAGUAGACACAUUCACAGUGCUCAUCUGUCUUUUUCUUACCUUACUGCCCUGUGUGUUGCUGUAAAUAUUCAGAUGGACAUUAAAGGAGUGCUCUGCCCUAA